GCAAGGCACCUCCCCCUGUGAGCAGAGCUUGGUACAGCCCAAAUAGUUUUCAGGUUAAGAAAGCCAGAAUCUUUGUUCAGCCGCACUGACUGAACAGACUUUUGGUGGGGUUACCUGGCUAACAGCAGCAGCGGCGAAGGCGGCAGUGGCGGCAGUGGCAGCAGUAGCAGCAACAGCAGCAGGGCUCCUGGGAUAACUCAGGCAUAGUUCAACACUAUGGGUCCUCCUCUGAAGCUCUUCAAAAACCAGAAAUACCAGGAACUGAAGCAGGAAUGUAUCAAAGACAGUAGACUUUUCUGUGAUCCAACAUUUCUUCCUGAGAAUGAUUCUCUGUUCUACAAUCGACUGCUUCCUGGAAAAGUGGUAUGGAAACGUCCCCAGGACAUCUGUGAUGAUCCCCAUCUGAUUGUGGGCAACAUUAGCCACCACCAGCUGACCCAGGGGAGACUGGGGCACAAGCCAAUGGUUUCUGCAUUUUCCUGUUUGGCUGUUCAAGAGUCUCACUGGACAAAGACAAUUCCCAACCAUAAGGAACAGGAAUGGGACCCUCAUAAAACAGAUAAAUAUGCUGGGAUAUUUCGCUUUCGUUUCUGGCAUUUUGGAGAAUGGACUGAAGUGGUGAUUGAUGACUUGUUGCCCACCAACGGAGAUUUGGUCUUCUCUUUCUCCACCUCCAUGAAUGAGUUUUGGAAUGCUCUGCUGGAAAAAGCUUAUGCAAAGCUGCUAGGCUGUUAUGAGGCCCUGGAUGGUUUGACCAUCACUGAUAUUAUUGUGGACUUCACGGGCACAUUGGCUGAAACUGUUGACAUGCAGAAAGGAAGAUACACUGAGCUUGUUGAGGAGAAGUACAAGCUGUUCGGAGAACUGUACAAAACAUUUACCAAAGGUGGUCUGAUCUGCUGUUCCAUUGAGUCUCCCAAUCAGGAGGAGCAAGAAGUUGAAACUGAUUGGGGUCUGCUGAAGGGCCAUACUUACACCAUGACUGAUAUUCGCAAAAUUCGUCUUGGAGAGAGACUUGUGGAAGUCUUCAGUGCUGAGAAGCUGUAUAUGGUUCGCCUGAGAAACCCCUUGGGAAGACAGGAAUGGAGUGGCCCCUGGAGUGAAAUUUCUGAAGAGUGGCAGCAACUGACUGCAGCAGAUCGCAAGAACCUGGGGCUUGUUAUGUCUGAUGAUGGAGAGUUUUGGAUGAGCUUGGAGGAGUUUUGCCGCAACUUUCACAAACUGAAUGUCUGCCGCAAUGUGAACAACCCUAUUUUUGGCCGAAAGGAGCUGGAAUCAGUGUUGGGAUGCUGGACUGUAGAUGAUGAUCCCCUGAUGAACCGCUCAGGAGGCUGCUAUAACAACCGUGAUACCUUCCUGCAGAAUCCCCAGUACAUCUUCACCGUGCCUGAGGAUGGGCACAAGGUCAUUAUGUCACUGCAGCAGAAGGACCUGCGCACUUACCGCCGAAUGGGAAGACCUGACAAUUACAUCAUUGGCUUUGAGCUCUUCAAGGUGGAGAUGAACCGGAAAUUUCGCCUCCACCACCUCUACAUCCAGGAGCGUGCUGGGACUUCCACCUAUAUUGAUACCCGCACAGUGUUUCUGAGCAAGUACCUGAAGAAGGGCAGCUAUGUGCUUGUCCCAACCAUGUUUCAGCAUGGUCGCACCAGCGAGUUUCUCCUAAGAAUCUUCUCUGAAGUGCCUGUCCAGCUCAGGGAACUGACUCUGGACAUGCCCAAAAUGUCCUGCUGGAACCUCGCUCGUGGCUACCCAAAAGUAGUUACUCAGAUCACUGUUCACAGUGCUGAGGACCUGGAGAGGAAGUAUGCCAAUGAAACUGUAAACCCAUUGGUCAUUAAAUGUGGAAAGGAAGAAGUCCGUUCUCUCCAGAAGAAUACUGUCCAUGCCAUUUUUGACACCCAGGCCAUUUUCUACAGAAGGACCACUGACAUUCCUAUAUUUUUGUAGGUCUGGAACAGCCGAAAAUUCUGUGAUCAGUUCUUGGGGCAGGUUACUCUGGAUGCUGACCCCAGCGAUUGCCGUGAUCUGAAAUCUCUGUACCUGCGUAAGAAGGGUGGUCCCACUGCCAAAGUCAAGCAAGGCCACAUCAGUUUCAAGGUUAUUUCCAGUGAUGAUCUCACUGAGCUCUAAAUCUCCAAUCCCAGAGAAUCCUGACAGAGCUUGUCACCCUUUUAUUUUUCGACAGGUGCCAGGUCUUAGUUAAGAUGCACAAUCUUUAGAAAGAAUAAGAUUCACAAUAAUUAACUUUUCCUCUCUUCUAAUAAGUUCCCCAUACCUCCCAAUCCAAGUAGCAUCAGUAGCUAUAUAACCUAUAUACCUCCAGCAGCUGGACAGGGGGAGGUGACAGUCUUAUCUAGACAUCAUACACGUUUGCCAAGAAAGGAUCUUGGCAAAGAUCCUUUUUAAGGGGUGAGAUUCAAGCAGGACAAUAACAAGAGGCUGGACACCCUACAGAUGUCUUUGAUGUUUUCAGUUGUUUAAUAUAUCUCCCCUGUAGGGCAUGUUGAGGAAGGAGGAAGGCUGAUCAAGGCCAAGCUGGUCUAGCCUGACAUCCUAGCUCCUGACUGAACACUAUAGACUUCCCAGCAGCAUUCCACCCAGCAGCCAGAGCCAACUUUAAGUUCCCGACCAUUACAGCCACCACUGCCACCACCGCCAACCACGACCACCACCACCACCACCACAACCACCACCAUCACCUCCUCUGGAAAGUGUAGUCCUGCCUAACCCAAGUCACCCCCCACAGUAAAUUUUACCUUCAUAUUGAGAAAGCUUCCUAGGUGCUUAAUCAAGAGCUGGAGUUCAAUGAGUCCUAGACAGUGAGAAGGGCCUGAGCUUCAGCUCAAUGGAAACCAGCUGUGUGCCACAAGACGAAAAAGUGGAAGAAGCUGCGGUGGGAGACAAAGCCUUGGUCCUCCACCCAUCCACACACACCUACACUCACACACGCGCACCUGGGCGCGCACGAACUACCGUUCAGGCAGUCAGUAGGCAAAAGGAAAGAUGAGUAAGUACCACAUACACCUAAAAGAUGACAGGAUUCAUCCAGACGUAGUACAGCCAGUUUGGGGCCCCUGACUGCAAUGUGAAACCUCUCGCUGCUGCUAGGUUUACAAACAAGCCCAUUGUCCUGUGCCUCCUAAUAUCAUUUGUACUGAAGACCCCAUCUGGGGACUUGAGACUUUGGUUCCAGCCCAGAUGCCUCAGACUUUUCUCUCACUUAGGAUGCUUCACUCUCUGCGGGUGUUUGUUUGCCCUCUCAUUUUCAGUACUGCUACAGAAUUUUCUCUAGAGUCAAUUAUUAUGAAACGUUCUUCCCUCCAUCCUAACCUAUGAAUGUCUUCCCCUCCUUCGAGGCCCAGUAUAAAUGCCACCUUCUCCAUGAAGCCUUUCCUAAUUCCACCCCAAGCCCACACCUUCAACAAUAUUUCAAUGCUUCUGCAAUGAUGAAAAAUAAAUAUAGUUGUAGUACUUAGCCUAGUCCAGCAAGCAUUCAUUUUUAGCUCACUCAUUUCUUACUAUGUUUUUCAGUCUGUGUAACUUCUGCAAUGCCUUCACUACACUGCCUUACAUAAACUAAAUCACAAUAAAGUUCAUAUUAAAUACAGUGA